UAAAGAAAACAAUUAUGUAAAUAGAGGAACUCAUUCUCAGACUGCAAUGGAUUAAUGCGAUUUUGACACUUGGUAUUCCAUUAUCAAGCGGCCAUGAAUCGGUGACGGAAAAAGCUUCACUAUUUUUUGUUUCCUUCAGCAGCUCCCGUCACCGUUCGGAAACCCAGCAGACUUAUCCACAUUCCUUUAAAGCAAAUCCAAAUUCUCAACAUGAUAACCAAUUUCAAUCUUAUCUCCUGCAACUUCUUGUCUCCAUCUCUUCCUUUAAGAAUCCCAAAGCUUGGAAUCGCCCACCAAAAUCAAACCCAGAAAUUACGCUCCCAAAUUAUCCCCUUCAAGUUUCCGAUUUGGGUCUCCCCCAAUUUCAACAACCGUCGAGAUUCAAGCUCUAGCAGAAUGAGUCUGCUCCAAAAAUGUCGCACCGCAGGAGACCCAGAUGGGGAAAAAUCGACCGCUGUAGAAACUGAGCGCGGCGGCGGAAAUGGUGGGGAGGGAAGAGACUGGACGACCUCGAUUUUACUGUUUGUUUUCUGGGCUGCUCUUAUGUACUAUGUCUUCAAUCUCGCUCCAAAUCAGACUCCGUCAACGGACUUGUAUUUCCUGAAGAAACUUCUGAGAUUGAAAAGUGACGAUGGUUUCAAAAUGAAUGAAGUGCUUGUGUCUCUCUGGUAUCUUAUGGGCUUGUGGCCCCUUGUCUAUGGCAUGCUGCUGCUUCCUUCUGGUAGAAGCUCAAAUAGCAAUGUUCCUGUCUGGCCUUUCCUAGUACUGUCAGUAUUUUUGGGUGCUUAUGGUCUUCUUCCAUAUUUUGUACUUUGGAAGCCACCGCCCCCUCCCAUCGAAGAAGAUGACCUCAAGAGAUGGCCUUUGAAUUUUCUCGAGUCGAAAUUUACUGCUGGGAUAACAUUUGCUGCAGGACUAGGAAUAAUAUUUUAUGCUGGAUUAGCUGGUGAGAGUGUGUGGAAGGAAUUUUACCAGUACUUCAGAGAAAGCAGAUUUAUCCAUGCCAUGAGCAUCGAUUUCAUGCUACUAUCUUCAUUUGCUCCAUUUUGGGUUUACAAUGACAUGACUGCUCGAAAAUGGUAUAACCAAGGCUCUUGGCUCCUUCCGUUUUCGUUGUUGCCAUUAUUGGGUCCUGCCUUGUAUCUCGUCCUACGACCGUCACCAACGACGACACCUGUCCCAGUCAACACUGCUCCAUCUGAACCGAAAUAAUCUUGCUUCUAAAGUGAACCAGAACAAGAAAAAGGAAACUUGGCUGCAAUGGUGGAAAAGAAGGUUCAGGUACAGGGAGAAGUUUUGUAUCUCCACUCCACAUAUGUUAGAUUAGGAAACGAAAAAAUAAUGUAAAAUCAAAUGAUCCUGUGAAGCAUUAUUAUGUUGAUUUGAUUAAGUAGCAGCACAAUAUAUUAUGCUUCAAACAAGGUUAUUUAAUUAAUUUAUUUAUUUUUAA